GCUAAGACGCUAGUGAGUAUUGUAUUGACCCAGUUGCAAUCAACUGCUGAGCCACUUUUGUAAUGAAUAGCAGAGUGGGAUUGGAGGUCCUGUUGCCUAGUAGUGUGACUGCACCCAGGGAUGUCAGCCUACAGGUAGUGAGCAGCAACAGCCCUACUCAAAAUGAUCGCCUGUCAACUAAAGCCUUCAUUAUUCCAGUCAGUCCAGCUGAGAAUAAUCGAAAACCACAGAAUUUCUCCAGAGAAAACCAAGGUGCUUCUUUGCCAAUCGAAGGGGAACAGUCCGACAGCACUGUGCCAGUGACUGCAGCAAUUAGUCCACUGAUUACUGCAGCACACAAAUGUGACAUGGUCAGUGUUUUGGAAUGGAAAGAUGGUAUUGCUACCUUACCUGGGAGCAAUUUGAAGUUCCGAUUGAAUGAAUUCGGUGUCCUGGAGGUUAUCAGCACAGAAGGUGUUGUGACAGAGUCAUUGUCAGAGGUAUCUGUAGACACUAAAACAAAAGCGGAGAGUGAUGCUUGCAGUGAGGCUGGCUGGAAUACAACUUCUCCGAAUGAAUUGAAACAGACUGGUAUAUCUUAUAUGAAUGAGCUGCCACAUAUAGAAAGUGCCUGCUGCUGUGUGAACUGUGGUCACUCUUACACAGUGAACGAAAUCAGAAGCAAUAGAAGGUUCUGCAGUGAGCUUUGCUUGCGGCAAUUUAAAGAGAAGUCACUCAGAAUGGGGAGUGCAGCAAUCAAGAGAAGUGCUGGAGCAAUACUUAAACGGGUUAAAAAGAGAAAAAGGAAAGUGUGCCUAAGCCCUAGUUCAGACUCAGAUGAAGAAUAUGAUUAUGAGUUGACUGAGCCAGAGCAGGUGGAUGAGAAAAAAGAAGAUUUAAAAAAUAUCAGGGAGCACUUCAUGGAUGACAACAUUCACACGGAAUUUAGGCAAAGUCAACUGAAUGAAUCCAGUUAUACAGUCACUGGACAGACUGCCUCUGUAAUUGAAAAGAACAAAAUUUGGUCUUGGGCUUUAUAUUUGGAAGAAGAAAAGGCUAUUGCUGCCCCUGUCAAGCUCUUUCGUGAGUAUCAGUCCUUCCCACUGAAUAAAAAUGGUUUCAGAGCAGGAAUGAAGUUAGAAGGUAUUGAUCCUACACAUCCAUCAAUGUACUUUGUACUCACCGUGUUUGAGGUUUGUGGUUAUCGUUUGCGACUCCAUUUUGAUGGUUAUUCUGAGUGUCAUGAUUUCUGGGUGAAUGCGAACUCUCCGGAUAUCCAUCCUGCAGGAUGGUGUGAGAAGACAGGUCACAAAUUACAUCUGCCUAAAGGGCACAAAGAGGAAGAAUUCAAUUGGCCAAAUUAUCUGAAGAUUACAAAGUCACAAGCUGCACCAAAACAGCUCUUCAUCAAUCAAAAUACAAUGAUUACCCCUUUGGGAUUUCGUGUUGGAAUGAAACUGGAAGCAGUUGAUAGAAUGAACCCAUCUCUAAUUUGUGUUGCCACAGUGACAGAUAUCAUUGAAAACAGGUUCCUGGUUCAUUUUGACAACUGGGAUGACACAUAUGAUUACUGGUGUGAAGCCAGCAGUCCAUACAUCCACCCUGUAGGUUGGUGUCAGCAGCAUGGUAAACAACUGACACCUCCACAAGGUUACACUCAUCCAGAGCAUUUUUCUUGGGAUAGAUAUUUAGAAGAAACUGGAUCUUCUGCUGCUCCUGCUCGUGCAUUUAAAGUUCGUCCUCCACAUGGUUUCCAGAGAAAUAUGAAGCUGGAAGCUGUAGACAGACGCAAUCCAGUGCUGAUUCGUGUAGCUACAAUUGUAGACGUUGAUGAGCACAAGUUAAAGAUCUAUUUUGAUGGAUCAACCUCUGCCUACAGUUACUGGGUAGAUACUGAUAAUCCAGACAUACAUCCUGCAGGGUGGUGUGCCAGAACAGGACAUUAUCUCCAGCCAGCAAUUAAACUGUCAGAUUCUUCAACUGAACCUGGGCAAAGAGGAUGCCCAGCUCCAGGGUGGAAAGCUGUUAGUCAUGCAAAAAGUUCCAAAUACACCACCCAUCAUCGGAAGUGCCCAACUCCUGGUUGUGAUGGCUCGGGGCAUGUUACUGGGAAGUUCACUGCUCAUCAUCGUCUAUCAGGCUGCCCAUUAGCUGAACGGAACCAAGCACGGAUGAAGAUAGAGAUGUCAGAUGCAGAAGGAUCUUCCAGAAAAAGAAAUCUAUUGUCCUUUGGUCGAAGAAAGAAAUCAAGACAUCAUGGGAGGAUUGGUCGUCCACCUAAGUAUCAUAAGAUUCAACAAGAGGAAUUAAAAGUCAGCUUUCAGAACAUUCCAAAAGAUGGUAUGCACCAAGACUUGCAUCAAUCAGUCUUUAUGUCUGCCAUGUCCCCACAUCCAGCUCGUUCAUUGUCCUUAUGCUGGGAACAACAUUGUAAGCUGCUUCCAGGCGUAGCUGGUAUUAGUGCCAGCAGAGUGGCCAAAUGGACUAUUGAAGAGGUGGGAAACUUUGUCCAGACACUCACUGGCUGUGAGCAACAGGCAAAGCUCUUCAAAGAAGAGUCAAUUGAUGGGGAGGCUUUUCUCCUUCUAACACAAGUGGAUAUCGUGAAGAUCAUGAGCAUUAAACUUGGUCCAGCAUUAAAGAUUUAUAACUCAAUUCUUAUGUUCAAAAGUGCAGAUGAUACUUCGACAUGACAUUCCUAUAAAUUUAAGUGUAAUGUAAUCUUGUAGAAACAACAAGAAACUUCUCCUGAAGUACUGAGAAUUGUGCUUUGUUCAUAAUUUCUGUUUCUUUUACAUUGGUAAAUUAGUGUAAG